AUGGCUCAGGAGGAGGGCGGGAGCCUGUCCAGGGUGCGGGCGCGGGUCGGGGCCUCGCAUGGCAUCACUGACCUGACCCAGAAGCUGCACUUUUAUGACCGCUGGGCUCCGGACUAUGAUCAGGACGUGGCUGCCCUGCAGUACCGUGCCCCCAGCCUCGCAGUUGACUGCCUCACCCAAGCCCUUCCAGGCCCACCUGAAGCCGCCCUGAUCCUGGAUGUGGCCUGUGGCACCGGCCUGGUGGCUGCCGAGCUGCAGGCUCGAGGCUUCCUCCGGCUGCAUGGAGUGGACGGGAGCUCAGGGAUGCUGGAACACGCCCGGGCCCGCAGCCUCUACCAGCACCUCAGCCUCUGCACCCUGGGCCAGGAGCCUCUGCCCAGCCCUGAAGGGACCUAUGACGCGGUGCUGAUGGUCGGCGCCCUCAGUGACGGCCAGGUGCCCUGCAGUGCGAUACCUGAGCUCCUGCGAGUCACCAAGCCAGGCGGGCUGGUGUGUCUGACCACCAGGACCAACCCCUCCAACCUUCAGUACAAGGAGGCCCUGGAGGCCACCCUGGACAAGCUGGAGCAGGCCAGGGAGUGGGAGCGGCUGGAGGCCCGGCCUGUGGACCGGUGGGAGCUGGCUACCAGCAAGCUGGAGGCGGUGCCUGGCACUCCGGACGGUGCCGGCUUCAUCUCUGGCAUCGUCUACCUCUACCGAAAGCGGCAGGCGGCCCCGGCGGAGGGAGGGAGGCCCCGUGCUCAGCCCCGCACUGGCCUCUGA